CGGUUCUAAGCCGCUGGUGGCUUGGCCUGUUUCCGGUAGGGUCAGCGGACGCGGCGGCUGAGGUGGUGCGGAACCGGCGUUGCCUACUGAGCUUUCCCAGGCGUGAGCAGACAUGGCGGCGGCUUUUCGGAAAGCUGCCAAGUCCCGACAGCGGGAACACCGAGAGCGAAGCCAGCCCAGCUUUCGAAAACAUCUGGGUCUGCUGGAGAAAAAGAAAGAUUACAAACUUCGUGCAAAUGACUACCGGAAAAAGCAAGAAUACCUCAGAGCUCUCCGGAAGAAGGCUCUUGAAAAAAAUCCAGAUGAAUUCUAUUAUAAAAUGACUCGGGUUAAACUCCAGGAUGGAGUUCAUGUUAUUAAGGAGACGAAGGAAGAAGUAACUCCAGAACAGCUGAAACUGAUGAGAACUCAGGAUGUCAAAUAUAUAGAAAUGAAAAGGGUUGCAGAAGCUAAGAAAAUUGAAAGACUAAAAUCAGAGCUCCAUCUGCUGGAUUUCCAGGGGAAGCAACAGAAUAAGCAUGUGUUCUUUUUCGACACUAAAAAGGAAGUUGAACAGUUUGAUAUUGCAACUCACCUGCGAACAGCCCCAGAACUAGUGGACAGAGUCUUUAAUAGACCCACGCUAGAGACCUUGCAGAAGGAGAAGGUGAAAGGAGUUACCCAUCAGACUCGACUUAAGCGGAUAGCUAAAGAAAGGCAAAAGCAGUAUAACGUCCUGAUACAGCGGAUUGAACGUGAGAAGAAAUUGUUCGUUAUUGCACAGAAAAUUCAAACACGCAAAGAUCUUCUGGAUAAAACUCGGAAGGUGAAGGUGAAGAAAGAAACAGUGAACUCCCCAGCUAUUUAUAGAUUUCAGAGUCGUCGAAAACGUUGAAGUGUUAUAGAUAAGCUUUGUCAUUCCACAUGGAAAAGAAUUAUUUUUUCCCCCCAGUAAUUUCAAAUUCCAUUGGUCUAAACGACAUGGUUCUCUUGUUUGUAACCAUAGUUUAUUGUAGAUCUGACGUUUGAUAUGAACAACAUUAAAGCCCCUUCCCCCAUCUUACUGUU